AUGAAUCUCUUCCGGCUACUAGCCGAUUUCUCCCAUCUGGCCUCGAUCUUCAUCCUUCUCCAGAAGAUGAAGUCAUCCAGCAGUUGUUCCGGGUUGUCCUUCAAGUCGCAAGCCCUUUAUCUCCUGGUCUUUGUCACACGCUAUCUAGAUCUGUUCUGGACCUUGACCGACUCGGUAUACCUGACCACGUUCAAGCUGCUUUUCAUCGGCUCCUCCGCCUAUAUCAUUCAUCUCAUGCUCAACGAUUACAAACCCACUCAUGAUCCCAAUAUCGAUACUUUCAAGGUCCAGUACCUGCUUGGAAUCAGCGUGAUUCUGGCAUUGCUUUUCCCACACGAUUAUCGACUCUCGGAGAUUCUCUGGACGUUCUCGAUUUGGUUGGAGUCGGUUGCGAUUCUGCCCCAACUGUUUAUGUUGCAACGAACCGGAGAGGCAGAGACCAUCACGACCCAUUACCUGUUUGCCCUCGGCCUCUAUCGGGCUCUCUAUAUCCCGAAUUGGAUCUAUCGAUACUUUACCGAGGCCUCCUUCCAGCGAUCUUUCCAGCCGGUCCCCAUCGUGGCAGGCAUCAUUCAGACUCUCCUCUACUCGGACUUCUUCUAUAUCUACUACAACAAGGUUCUGAAAGGCAAGAAGUUCUCGCUUCCCGUCUAA